AUGGAGAAGGAGUGCACUUGCCUCUGUGGCGUGGGCCUUUCGCGGGGAUGCCAGUGUCGCCAGGAGGGCCAGGGCCCAGCUGAGACUGUGGCAGCCGACAGCAAGCCAGCCCCGGCCCUGGCCCCAGAAGAGGAGCACCUCCAGGCCGAGGGCGCUGCAGCGUGGCCCUGUGCUGGGGAUGGAGGGAUCGCGAGCCCCACGUCGCCCCCGCCAUCCCCACGCUGCUGCUCGCUGCAGGACCUGCCCUGCGAGCUGCUAAUGGAGAUCUUUGCCUCGCUCCCCGGCACCGACUUGGCCAGCCUGGCGCAGACCUGCACCAGAUUCCAUCACAUCCUGAACACCGACAGCAUCUGGAGACGGCGCUGCCGGGAGGAGUAUGGCGCUUGUGAAAACUUGCAGAACCUCGAGAUGAUGGGUAUGUCUUGUCGGGAGGUCUAUGCGAAACUGCUCCACCCAUGCAGAGACAUUUUUGGGUUGUGGCAGCCGGUUAACGGGCCCUAUGGAGGACUGCUGGAUGUAGUGGGGCACGGCUUACACAUUAUUGGUUGGAUGCACCUGCCUUACCUUGACGCCCAACUGGAUGAUCCAAUGAGAUUCAGUCCCGUGUUUAGAAUUCGCCUGACAGAUAGGAAGUCGAUCACGGUGGAGUGCCUGAACGGUGACAGAGGGCCCCACAGUUGCAACAUACAGAUUCAGAAGGAGAAGUUCUCCACCCAGUGCAGCCAGAUGGACUACCACCGCAUCUCUAAUUGGAGCCCAGAGGAUAUAGGAAGGUGGCUGAGGGAAGAAUGGGUGCAGGUGGUGCAGGACAUUUUCCAGGAGGACAGGCUGCAUUUCAUCCUGAGGAAGUUCGUCUACCAACAGUAUGACUACCACCGCAUCUACCUCCCGCAGAGCCACCCGGACGACCUCAUCAGGCCAGGCCUCUUCAGAGGCACCCACGAUACCUACGGCCUAGCGAUUGUCAUGCUCAGCUUCCAUGGAAAGCAUGCCAGGGUCACGAAGAUCACGGGUGACCUCAGGGUCCCUGCCGGGCAGCAGCUGAUAGAGAUCGACCUCAUGCACCGCAUCCAGCCUCUCAAUGUUGAGAUCUUCCGCGACUUCAACCAGCUCUCUAGCAUCGUCCAGGAGGUUCAUGAGCAGGUUAUUCAGGAGCAACAGCAGCAAGAAGACAGGACCGAGGACGGCGAGGGUCGUGGUUGGCAGAGCCCUGUCCAGCCCAGUGUCGGUGAGUCGGGGGCUGCAGCUUUGAAGGCACAGCCUGUCCAGUUUGUUCUGCCUGCCGGCGUGAGAUCAAGUAACCAGAACUACCCCCGUACCUGCAGGAUGUGUUUCUAUGGCGUGGGCAUUGUUGCCAACUAUGGCUUUGCCAACCCCCAGCGCCUCCCUGGAAUCUUCAUUCUGUUCGAUGAGGACCACUUCGGGUUCAUCUGGCUGGAGCUGAAAUACUUCAGCCUGUACUGCAGAGCCCAGGUCAACCACGAGAAUGCGGAGGCCUUCUAG